AUGGUUCGCUUCAUGACGUACGUCACCUUGCUGACUUUGGCUCUCAUGGCACUGACGUGUCUGGUUUCGGCUAAUCCAGACCCGGCUGAUGUGGCCGCCCAAGCCAUUGUUGAAAAUUCCCCCAAGAUCACGAACGAAAAGGAUGAACCACCGACUGACACGAACGAAGCAACCACCGAUGCGAAGGCUCCCGUCAUCCACAAUACGGGCGCCAUCUCGGACAGCAUCAGCAAAGUAACGACUGAGACACCCAUCAACACCCCGAAUCCGAGCUCGCCUGCAAGCAGUUCGAAACCUGGCGACUCGACCUCGGCUCUUAAAUCAGCGUCAGCCACGUCCGCCUUGACGCAUGUGACGCCUAGCAUCGCUCUGGCUUCGAUAGCUGCCAUCGCCAUCAUCAAUCUCCUUGUCUAA